UGGGCGUGGAGAACAAUACCAUGGUGAACGUGAAGGCACAGCUGGGCUACAAGGCGUUCCUCCCCUGCUCAGUGCGUAUGAUCGGUGACAAGCAGAUCUCGUGGAUUCGUCGUCGUGACUGGCAUGUUUUGACGUCCGGAGUCUUCACCUACACGACGGAUGAGAGGUUCUCCAUUACCCACCGCGACGGAGCUGAUGACUGGACUCUCUCUAUUAAGUUCUUACAGGCCAGAGACAAUGGGACUUAUGAGUGUCAGAUCUCUACAGGGACAGGAAUCGUGAGUCAGUUCGUCAAUCUGAACGUGAUUGUACCCGAGGCGUUUAUUCUUGGUAACAGCGAGUACCAUGUAGAGACUGGUUCACCUAUCAAUCUAUUCUGCAUCAUAGAACAGACACAUAUCCCGCCCCAUGUGGUAUACUGGAAGCACAAUGGGCGGUUGCUGAAUUACGACAGCGAGCGGGGCGGCGUCUCUGUCACCACUGAACACGGCACCAAGACCUCUUCCCGCCUCGUGAUAACUAAUGCCAUCACCAAGGACUCGGGCAAUUACACGUGUGUCGCUCCCAACACCCAGCCAGCUUUCGUCCACGUCUUCGUCAGCCAGGGCGACAAGACAGCAGCGAUCCAGCGAAGAACAUCAGGGUGUGUGGGCGCGCUGUGGGUGUAUGGGUGGUCGUGGGUGGGCUUCUUCACCCUUCUCUCAUUGCAGUGGAGGUCAUCCUCAGCCCACCUACUCUUAUAGUGCGACUAACACCCACUACUUCUCCCUUUAGUGACCCUUCAAGUUACAACUCGACUGGUGAUCCUCCGCCUCGACUCUCACAUCCAGAGCUCCAGUUCCACAGAGGCUCCUACAAUGGGUGUUCCUCCUACUGUAGAUCUGAGGAUUUAGACGAUGAAUUAACUUAAGAUAAACUACUAAACUUACGUCGAGAAAUACACCUGAGACUCUACCUUAAUUAAAUAUCUUCACUUGAUACCAGUUAAGAGAUUAUAAUGAAGGCUGAGAAUGUGUAGUGUUAUGUCGACGUUUUAGUUUAAUUUUGGUAUUAUUUUUGGACGUAAAUUGUUGUCGUUUGUCAUAAGUUAUUCAGUUUAGGUAUAUUCUCAGAGCUUCACUUACGAGGUGUUGUUACGGUAGGAGCCUGAGGGUGUGUCUGGUGCCGUCAUCACUACAGGAGUCAUGGCGGGAGUGUCAGCGUCCUGAUGUUGUGAGGGUCUACCUGCCCUGCCCUGCUCACUGGUGACCCUCUAUACACGUGACACAGCUCUAUAGGCCUCACGUGCCCUGCCCUGCUCACUGGUAACCCUCUACAGCCUCACACAGCUCUACAGCAUCACACAACUCUACGGCAUCACUCAGCUCUACAACCCAACACAUCUCUGCAGCCUCACGCACCACCAACACCACCUCUCGACACAUCGUCCAUGAAGCGAGGUUUUAGUGGCCGAAGCUCUGGAAAAUUGUUUAUCAGGUUUUGGGGUGAGAGGCAGUAUGCCACGGGGGUGAACGAUGGCCACGGGGGUGAACGAUGGCCACGAGGGUAAACGAUGGCCAAGAGGGUGAACGAUGGCCACGGGGAUGAACGAUGGCCACGGGGGUGGACAAUGGACAAGUUUGUGAACGAUGACCACGGUUGUAGGAUGGUACGGAUGUGAACGAUGG